UUUUGGCAGAUUUCGCUAAUCCUGUUGCUGAAAAAGCGUCAAAAUAUUUUGUUGUUGUUUGGUUCAAAGACGCUGGCGAAACAAAACCUAAAGUGAGUGCUCCGAACUUCGACGGGAUGGUCCGCUUGUGUUGCAUCCCGCUCUGUCCCAACUCGAAGGCGACCAGUGGCGAAGUAGCAUGUUUCCCGUUCCCCCAGGACGACGAACUACGGCAACAGUGGAUCGAUUUCGUCGGUGGCGCCGGCGACCCGGUCCGGUUUCAUUGGAAAACGAAGUUCGUUUGCUCGGAGCAUUUCCUGGACCUGGAACUGGUGGACGUUGACGGUCAGAAGCAGCUGGUGGAAGGCGCUGUCCCAAUGGUUUACUACCAGGAUAACUACGAUGGCGAUGAGUUGGCUGAACGGAAUGACGUGAUGGUAUCGGGGGAACCGUCCUUUAAUACGUCUACAGUUGCAACCGACGAAUCUAUCGAAACGGUGUCGAAGAUAGCUUUUGAUCUGCUGUAUACCUUGUUCUGCCGGAUCUGCCUCAAGAAGGCAACCGAUCUGAUUCCGCUAAAUUCUAAGCUGCGCAAUGACAACCUUGUGGAUAUGAUACAAGAUAUUUCCGGAUUGGUAAUUGACUCCGGUGAAGGUCUUCCGACAAAAGUUUGCAGUAGUUGCGUGGAAAAGAUCGACUCGGCGUACAAGAUUCGGAUAGAAUUCAUUCAGCACGAUCUUAUGCUUCAGAACUUGAUCGAUUCCGAUCGGUUGCAGGCUUACUACGAAUAUCAUGGAACUCGUUCGAGCCAAGCAGUACGUGGAAACGCAGGUCAUCUGAACAGUGCAACAAAUACCGUAAACCCAGUGAAGGUUGUGCCGGCACCGAUUGUUGUCAGUAACCUCAACAAUGCUCCAGUUAAAAACGUCGUUGCUCUUGAGACUAUGAACGUUGAUCUUUCCUCAAUAGAUAAUGACCCUAAAAUGCCUCAAGAUGUUGACAAUGAGCAUCUAAUGGAUGAUGACCAUACAGAAGUAUCAACAGCGAAACAUUCCACUACGGAAGGCGACCAGAAUACGAAUAGUAAAUGUGGAGAAACACCUAAGCAGGUUUUCUCGUGGAAAGACCUCUGCAAACAGAAGGGCCAAGUUAGUAAGCCGGCAAGCAUCUACAAAAUCACCGAAGUUCUACCGAGACCCAAACUGAUUCCUCACACUUGCUACAUCUGUGGCACGGUGCAUGAAAAUGCCGAUGCUCUGGACACCCAUCUGGAGCAACACGUCGACCAGAUCCCCUUCCAGUGCAACCCAUGUAGCACCGAGCAAGUUCCGCAGGUGUUCAGGACGCUGAUCACCCUGAAUCGCCAUCUUCGAACGCAUCUCUAUCCGUACACGUGCGAUUACUGUCCUUUGCGGUUCCAGCUCAUGCCAUCGUACCACACGCAUAUGCAGGAGAUGCACUUGGCCAACCAAUCGGCUGGGUUUACGUGCGACUUGUGCGGCAAAUUCUUCGUCCGGAAGCGCCUGUUUCAAACGCACUGGUACAGACACAAGGCGAUACAGGAAGAAAAAUAUAAAUGUGAGUUUUGUGGAAAGGUGUUUGGCACUGGCGUUCUCCUGAAACGCCACGUGCUCACCCACACCGGCGAAACCCCAUACGAAUGCAAAAAAUGCGGACGGCGGUUCAACCACGAACACAACUUUCAACUCCACAAGCGACUCCACAUCGGCGAGAAGGGUUAUGCCUGCGAAGAGUGCGACAAGAGCUUUCUCAACAACACGUAUUACCGCAUUCAUAUGCAGAAGCAUUUUCCAAAUGAUCCCCGGUACUUUGUGCGAUCCAAGCUAAAGAAAUCCAGCGUCGAAGGGGAAUACGCAUGCGACUACGGAGACUGCACAUUCGUAACCAAAAAGUAUCAGACGUACCACGCGCACCGUGCCAAACAUCUUAAGCGGUUCGUAUGCGAAAUUUGCGGAAAGAACUUUCCCAUGAAAUACCAUCUAGUCAAGCACAAAGGCGUGGUGCACGAAGGAAAAGCUCCCGAAAGGUUUAAAUGUCCGCAUUGCCCGAAGGAGUUCAACACUAAACAAAAGCUGAACAAGCAUAUAGACGUGCAUGAGAAUAACCGGCGCUACAAAUGCCAGUACUGCGAGAAAGCGUUCGUUUGCAAGGACAACUGCAAGGCACACGAACGCAUCCAUACCGGGGAGCGUCCGUACCCUUGUCGGAUGUGCCCGUCGGCGUUCAUCUCUUCGUCCGGAAGGAAAAAACAUGAAGCAAUACACAAUAGGGCUGAAUCCCUCGAGCCCGCGUGAUGACGAAAAAGUUGUUGAAGCGAAAGCUGGUAACGUGGUGGUAAGGUAUCUACAAUCGGAAGUGCUUUGCAACGCAGAGUCAACUAUUCUUUGUUCAAGGGCGAAUAUUUGUUAUAUUGCAUAUGUACAAUAUUUUAAAUUCAGUUAUAUUGCUAUAUUGCAGUUUUACAUUCGUUAUCUUAUUAAUAAAUACUUGUUAGAAACGA